GAUGCGUGGGACAGAGCAAUUUUUUUUAGCGAGAGUGGUGUUGAUCGAAGCACUUUAGCAUUGGCCGAGCUUCUGGCUAGCUAGCUAUGUGCGGAGGGUCAGUGCAGCCAGCGUUACAAUUGAUUAACUGGGAUAUUCUAUAUUCUCUGCAACAAUGUUUUUUCUUACAGCUCAAAACCAACAUCCCUACGCAUGAGAAUAUUUAUACAAUCCCCAAUAUCUUGACAUUUUCAAGACUGCUCGCCUCUCCAUAUGUCGGCUAUCUUAUUCUAAAUGAAAAGUACCCAUUGGCACUUGGUAUAUUCGCAGUUGCAGGCAUAACAGAUAUGCUGGAUGGAUUCAUUGCUAGACGAUACAAUAUGAAGACUUUUGUUGGGAGUAUCAUUGAUCCUCUUGCCGACAAGACGCUGAUGACAAUACUUACAGUGACAUUGGCCAUGCAAGAUUUAUUGCCAGUUCCUCUGGCAGCAAUAAUUCUAGCGCGUGACGGUGGGCUCGUCCUCUCAUCCUUCUAUUAUCGUUACAUUUCUUUACCACCUCCCAAAACCUUUGUACGAUACUGGGAUUUCUCAAUACCAUCUGCGGAAGUACGCCCCACCACAAUUAGCAAAAUUAACACAGCGCUUCAAUUAUUGCUGAUGGGUGCCUCUCUGACUUCGCCUGUAUUGGGAUUCCCAGACACCGUUUUGCUGACAGGCUUACAAUGGACAGUCGGUGUAACAACCAUUUGGUCUGGAGCAAGUUACGUCUAUUCCAAGGACGCUGUUCGAAUUCUGAACAAGAAGACAUAGUAAAAAUAAAAUUAGUGUUUCUCUUAAUGUG